AUGAAGGAGGAGAAGGAGAUGGCCUCCUUCUCUUUGAGAGAUGUCCAGCCCCUGCAGGGCAGGAUUGUGCCUGUGCGAACGGUCCAAGAGACGCAGCCGAAGGAGGAAUUUGCCGAUGCGUAUGUCGCGGAGGUUAAUCAGAGGUCUGCGUCGCAGGUGAUCAAAGCCCUCGACGCUGCUUUCCCCCGUGAUCCUACCCUCUCGCUCAACCAUCUCCGUCGCUUCGCAAAGGAAGACGUCCUUCCGGAUCACCUCAGAUCUGCUGCUGCUGCGCUACGGGAACAGCGACAACGAUCUCAAGCUCAACAACAACAGACGCUCUACGUCCUCAUCUCACCCCCGUUACCCGAGAUCUCUGAACUCCAGACCGUUCUUGCUCCUUUUGCGCCCGUGCCACCACCUCCUCCUGUUGUCGCGGAGAAGAAUGGCGAUAAUGACGAUGAUGAUGAAACCGAUCCCUCGACAACAUGUCCGACAGGACCGAACAUCCCCAUCCUCAAGACCGAAAUCCCGCUUCAGCCCCCGCUGAGCCCGGAACAGGCAGCACGAUGGUCGCAGACCAUGUGGCCGGUGACAUACAACCCAGCCGCACCGAGGGGCAUGAUCGCGCCGCCUCCGCAGAUCCUGCACCAGGCGCAGGAAUCGAUCGGGCCGCGAGCAGGGUACUAUCUCAGUCUGGCGUACCGAGUAGCCGAUGACGCCAAGCGGUCCGGACGGGGCCGUGGGGUUGGCGCGGUGGUGGUUGAUCCGAAGAUCAAUGACGAUGAUACUGGGGUUGACGACUGGGCGCGUGGCGUCGUGGCCGUCGCUGGCGACGCACGAUACUGCGCGCCCGGAGUCCCUCCUGAGUUACUGGCUACCGCUGAACCGCCAGCUAGCAGUAUAUCCGAACUGGCGAGCAGAGGGUACAAUCCGGAUCUGGAGGGCGGGCCAGAGCUGCACGCCCUCAUGCGCGCCGUGGCCAUGGUCGCCAGUCGCCGCCGGGCCGAUGACUUCGAGGACACACCGGUGGAUUUAUCAUCGUCGGGCGGGGACGGGCCUGUUCACGACCCUCCCUUAACACCGCUAGAGUCGUAUUUCCUUUACCUGGAAGAAGAGGAAGAAAAAGCGAACGAACCAGAAGCUAAAGCUGAAGCUGAACCCUCACCCUCAAACGCUAAUGCUAAUGCUACUGCUAAUACUAGCUACAAGCGCAAGCGCACUCGCAACCGCAACCGCAUCCUCCCCCGCUCCCAAGGCGGCUAUCUCUGCACAGACCUAGACAUCUACCUGACACACGAACCCUGCCUCUCAUGCUCAAUGGGGAUGCUACUCUCGCGAUUCCGCGCAGUCGUCUUCCCUCGUCGCGGACGGAUGGUUACUGGGGGAUUAGCUUCGGAGCCUUGCACUACUAGUACUGCUGAGCAGCGAGAGAGGAACUACUAUGGCCUCCACUGGCGGAAAGAGCUCAAUUGGCGAGCUCUGUGUUUUGAGUUUGUUGAAGAAGAUGAUCAACAUAAACAUGAAUAUAGAGAUGAACAGCAUGUUGCUUUUCAUGCAUGA